AUGUCUUAUAAAUUUUUAGUUGUUGGUGCAGGUCUAUCAGGUUUGAGCAAUGCUUUUUUCAUUAAGUAAUUGUAUCCUAAGGCCAAAAUCACUAUAAUUGAAUCAUCUAAUAGAAUAGGAGGAAUAAUAAAAACAAGAAAAGAAAAUUAAUUUAUAUUUGAAGAGGGUCCACGUUCAAUUAAAUUAGGAAAAUAUAAUAGACCUCUAUUUUAUAUGAUAGAUAAAAUUGGUCUUUAUCCUGAAUGUAUAUAAUAGUUAUAUGUUUAGUUGUGACUAGUAUAUAAUAACCUUAUAAUUAUUUCUAUUGGAAUGGAGCAUUAAAGAGUGUACCAUCACAAAUGAAUUUAAAAACUAUAUCUAGAUUUAUUAAGGAUAAUGGGAAAGAUGAAUUAUUUAAUUUAAUCAAAGCAUAUCCUAAAAUAUUAUUUAAUAAGAUAGAAUCUGAUAAUUUGGGAGAAUAUUUAGAUGAAAUAUUAGGUAAAGAAUUAACAAAGAAAUAUGCUGAAACAGUUUUUUAUGGAUUAUUUGGAGAAUCUGUAUAUAGAUUAUCAAAGAAUAUGUGUUUCUAAAAAGUUUAUAUGUCUUCAUAUGAUGAAGUACAAUUAAAGAAGGAUUUAAUUUAUGAUGCUGAAUUUGAAUAGAUGAGGAAAAAGAUAUUAAAUAAAGGUAUCAAAUAAAAUUAAUAUUUUAAUAGCAAAUAGUUACAGAUUUAGUUAUGGAUUGGAUUCAUUACCAAAACGAAUAUUAAGAUAUUUAUAAGAUAAUACAAAAGAAAAAGAUUUUGAAAUUCAUUUGAAUACUAGGGGAAAAGAAAUAGAUAUUGAAUAAAAAUAAUUGAUUAUCGAAAAUGAAAAUAAAGAAAUAAAAAAAAUUGAAUAUGAUUACAUAUUUUUAAAUGUACCAUCAUCAGAAAUAGUUUCUAUGAUAGAGAAUUCAAAUUUAAAUCAUAUCAAGGAUGAUUUAAAAAAGAUAAAGAAUAAUUCUAUGAUAACAAGAAAUAUUUGUUGGGAUUAAAAGAUAUUACCUUCUGAUGUAAUUAAAGUAUUAUUAUUUAAGUUUAGAGGUCUUGGAUAUUUAAUAAAUCCAAAUUAGAAUCAAAAUAUAUUAGGAAUGCUUGCAGAUUCAUUGUAAUUUCCAAUGCAAUAUCCUAAAGAUUCAACUAAUCUAACUGUGAUGACAUAAAAAGAUGUGAAUGAUGAUUAGAUUCUUAAAGAAUUGAGUUCUCAUUUAGGAAUAAAUGUUUAAGAUCCAAAAAUGAUAAUUAAAAAUGAUUGGAUAUAAAGCUUUAUUGAAUUUUAACCUGGAUAUUUUGAGAAAAUGUAGAAAAUUGAGAAAGAAUUAGAAAAUAAAAAGAUAAUUAUUGGUGGUAAUCAUUAUACAAUGGUUAUACCAGAAUUAGUCUAUUUGUCAUAUAGUAAGAUGAAAUAAUUAUAUGUGUGA